AUGGCUCGCCCCAAAAGGAACAGAGCUGUGAUCAUUGUCAAUUAUCAGUUCUUUCAAGCCAAAGAAGAACUUAACCGAAGAGAGGGGGCCAAAAAGGAAGCAGACAAGCUUUUUAAAGCCCUUUCCAAGUGCAAUUAUGAUGUGAAAUUGUUCAUGGAUUUGACAGCCGAAGAAAUAGAAGAGGUGUAUGAGAAAGAAAGCCGGGCACUACAUGGGAAAUAUUUUGUGAGCAUCCUCUCAAGCCACGGAGAAGAAGGCAGCAUAAUGGAUAGCCGAGGACAAGCAUUAAAGCUAACUCGCAUUUAUAAGAUCUUAUCUCCUGAAAGGUGUCCACAUUUGGCAGCAACGUCUAAAAUCUUCUUCAUACAGGCAUGCCGCGGAGAGAGAUUUGAUGAUGGCAUCCAAGUAGAAACAGAUAGCAGUGCACCAGAGGAAGACUAUUUCUCACAUUACCUGUCUAUUCCCGAAAAUACUGCUGUCAUGUUUUCUUGCAGCCCAGGCUAUGUUUCCUUCAGCAAUCAGUUGGAAUCGAUGUUUCUCAGAGCAUUACUGGACGUGCUAGAAGGAGAGAAAAGAAAACUGAAAGUCACCACACUCAUGACUUGGAUUAACUGGAAGGUUGCUUUUUUUUGUGAAGCAAAAGGAAGGAAAUAUAAGGGCAAAAAAGAGAUGCCCUGCUUUGUCACAAACAUGGUGGAGGAGGUUUACCCUUUUAAAGAAGACAGGGAAUACUUGGAUUAACCAGAUCACUCCAAACCUACAAAUACAACUCAGUCGUCGGUUCAUAAUGCAGUUUGAUUUUUCGGUUCCACCACAAAUCCGCGAAGCCCUUAUCCGCGGAGACAUAAGCGCGAAAACUAAUUCGCGCCGUUCUAAAACGCGACCCUACCGCGAUGACAUAAUCACGGAGGGCAAAUUCACGCAUUCCCAAGCAUUCAGUACCCUAAACCUAACCCUAAACCUAACCCUAAACCUAACCCUAAAACAAACCCCUAAACC